AUGCUGCUUGCCGCUAGCACGGCUCUGGCUGUCAGCCUUCCCAUGGAGUGUUCCGGCAUUUGCGGAAACGCCCAUGAUUCUUCCCUGAUCCGUCGUGAAUCUGAUGGUACCUACUUCCGCUUCUCUACAGGUGGCGGUAUUGCCGUCCACUCGGCCUCGGACCUCACCGGUCCUUGGGAGUACCAGGGAGACGUGCUGGAAAGCUCGUCGAUCGACGGCAACACUGACCUUUGGGCUCCGGAUGUCAGCCUGGUCGGUGACACGUACUACCUGUACUACUCGGACAGCAGCUUUGGCUCCCAAGCGUCAACUAUUGGUGUAGCUACCUCUACGACCUUGGAUGUCGGUUCUUGGAAGGACCUCGGAAGCUCUGGUGUCUCCUCGAAAGAGGGAAGCAACUACAAUGCCAUUGAUGGAAACUUGUUCGCCGACGGCGACAACUACUACCUGAACUUUGGCAGUUUUUGGGGCGACCUCUACCAAGUCCCGAUGAAGAACCCUCCUACUGCUCCCUCCGGCUCUUCCUACAACAUUGAACUCAACACCACUGGCACUCGUCCCUCCGAAGGUGCUUAUGAGUUCAAGAGCGGCAACUACUACUACCUGUUCUUCUCCAGCGGUGUCUGCUGCAGCCUCGACACCUCUAAGCCUGCCCAGGGUGAGGAGUACAAGAUCAUGGUCUGCCGGUCCGACUCUGCUACUGGCGAAUUCGUUGACGCCAACGGCAACUCUUGCACUUCCCAGAACGGAGGUACUGAGGUUCUUGCUUCCCACGACAACAUCUACGCUCCUGGUGGCCAGGGUGUCUACGAUGACCCCACCUACGGCCCUGUCCUGUACUACCACUACGUGGACACCAACGUUGGAUAUGCCGAUGGGGACAAGCUCUUCGGUAUCAACAAGCUUGACUUCUCUAGCGGCUGGCCGGUCGUCGCUUAG